GCCACGUGGCCCCGCCCGGCUGGGCCCCUUGUCAUGUGACCCCAGCAGCGGGUUCGUCACGUGGUUUCAUCGGAUCAUGUGACCGACUCUGCACCUGACCUCGAUUCGGGCUGGGGACAGACGGGACGGGAUGGAGGCGCGGUUCCUGCUUGUGGUCGCUGUGAGUCUCGCGGGCUGGUGCCUCUCCCGAGCGGGCCCAGAGCCGGACCAGAGUCUCCGAGUCCCUGCUGGAUGGAGCCACGUGGGCCGGGUCGCUCCCUUGGACGAGCUUGUGUUGACCUUUGCCCUCAGGCAGCAGAACGUGGAGCAUCUGGCGAAGCUGGUGGGAAGAGUCUCGGACCCCGAUUCACCUCAGUAUGGAAAGUACCUGUCACUGGAGGAGCUGCGCACACUUGUCCAGCCAUCUCUCCUCACGCUCAGCACCGUGCACAAGUGGCUGGGGGCCUACGGCAUCAAGAGCUGCAAGACCAUUAGCACCUUGGACUUCCUAGAGUGUGUGAUGCCAGCAAGCACAGCAGAGCGUCUCCUGCCAGGAGCCCGGUUCCAUCGCUAUGUGAGCGGCCAGCGCAGCGCUGUGCGCUCCCCUGUCCACUACACCCUCCAUGAGGAGCUGGCUGAGCACAUUGACUUUGUGGGUGGCCUGCACCGGUUCCCUGCGGAAAGGAAGAUGGUGACCAGAGCUUCGAGGAAGGAGGAGGCGAUGGCACGGUACCAGCAGAGGAGGGUAGCUUUCCAUCUGGGCGUGACGCCCGCUGUCAUCCGCAAGAGAUACAACCUGACGGAUGGGGACAUUGGGGCAUUGCCCAAUAACAGCCAGGCCUGUGCCCAGUUCCUGGAGCAGUAUUUCCACCCGGCCGACCUGGCGGAGUUCAUGCGGCUCUUCGGAAGCAGCUUUGGGCACCGCUCCCAGGUUGACCAGGUGGUCGGGCACCAAGGGCUGGGCAAGGCAGGGCUGGAGGCCAGCCUGGAUGUGGAGUACAUCAUGAGCACAGGUGCCAACAUCUCCACCUGGGUCUUCAGUAAUGCAGGUACAUGCAGCCUGCCGGCGCCUCUUGCCCUCAGCUGCCUUCCUCCCUGGGAGCGCGUGGAUCCUGCUGGCUGUGCCGUAUGGACGCUGCUGAGACCCAGGAGUCCCCCUGGUCACUCCCUGCAGCGCUCGGGUGGGGAGGUGGGUGCCUGGCUCCUGGUCCCAACAAGGGUCCAGGCCUCACCGGCCAUCCCCUUCGGCCCCGUCUGUCACCGCCACCCACAGGCCAGGCUGACCCAGAACUCCUGCCUUGCAGGUGAUGAGGGAGCUGGCUGCAGAAAGCUUGCUGGAGGGAAGCACACUUUCCGGCCCAGCUUCCCAGCCUCCAGCCCCUAUGUGACCACAGUGGGUGGCACAGCCUUUAAGAACCCCUUCCAAGUGACCUGGGAGGUGACAGACUAUAUCAGCGGCGGGGGCUUCAGCAAUGUCUUCCCUAUGCCUGACUACCAGGCUGCAGCUGUCAGGAGUUUCUUGCACUCGGCCCCAAAGCUGCCACCCCGCUCUUACUACAACAGCAGCGGCCGUGCCUACCCCGACCUGGCUGCCCUGUCCGACAACUACUGGGUGGUGACCAACCGCAUCCCCCAGCCCUGGGUGUCUGGGACCUCGGCCUCCACCCCUGUGGUGGGGGGCAUUGUGGCCCUGAUCAACGACCGCCGUUUGCAGAAAGGUCUGCCGCCCCUGGGCUUCCUGAACCCAGCGCUCUACAAACUGCAGGAGAAGGGACCUAGUACCGCCCUCUACGAUGUCACCAUGGGCUGCCACCUGUCGUGUCUGGAUGCAGCAGUGGAAGGGCAGGGGUUCUGUGCUGGCCCCUCCUGGGACCCCGUCACAGGCUGGGGCACCCCCAACUUCCCACAGCUCCUGAGAGCUCUGCUCAACCAGUGAUGCCGGCAGCAGGAGGAAAGACCUGGGGCUAGACGGGUACACAGUGGGCUAAACCACAGGAUCACCCCCAUUCUCGCCCCCUCCCUCCCACCACAUCUGUCCUGAGCAGGGGCACCUUCCUCUGAGCUGUAGGGCCAAGGGGCAGGUCACUGCUCCUCCUGCCCCUUUACCUUAGUGAGCAGGCGGGGAUUCAGGGCCUCCUGGAAAGAAACAGCUCAGGCUUCCCCUACCUCGUGCUCAGGCCUGCUGGUGCCUCCCUCCAGUUAUCUCAGGCGCUGCUACUCUGCAGCCCAGUGUGGCAGCUGAGUUGUGCAUUCCCCUGCCUGGCCCCAGGCCCCCAGGAGGGGGUGACAUGGUGGGAGCUGCUUUGGGGGAGUCCCGCGCAGAGAGGGGAGAUGCUCUCACAUGAACUUUCCUCAGGGGGAGCAGCGACAGCGCAAGGAAAUAAGGGUCUUGGCGCUGGGAGUGUCCCCAGUAGUGCAGUGGGGUGGAGGGAUGGGCUGAUUCGGGGUUGGAGCAAAUAAAACACCUGGCUGCCGCUAUUUACUGCUUCAUGGACUCGGGGAAUUUUGGCCUGCGUUUUGGGAUUCCUAGGUGUCUUUCGUUUCCUUCUGUGCUGCGCCCAGUUAUGGACAGGGUAAAGCAGAGCUGGAGAGCUGAGGCCUGUGUGUGAUUGUUGUGUGCUAUGAGUGGGUCAUUAAAGGACUGGCUGAAACAAA